AUGCGCCAGAACUCGAUCCUCGUUGCGCUGUCGGCGCUCGCUGCCGUUGCCUGCGCCCAGACGACGACGACGACCGGCAACUACACCGUCGACCCCAGCACUGUCGACGCCUCGGACAAGGCCGACUGGUGCAAUGCCCAGUACAACUCGUGCCGCUUCCUCUGCCCGGACGGUCCCAAGUCCAACGACUGCAAUACCGACACCCUCGUGUACAGCUGUGUCUGCACUGAUGGCACCAAGCCCGACUUGAGCCAAUACAUCCAGACCAUCCCCUACUACGAGUGCCAGAAGUCGUACGACCUCUGCAUGGCCGCCAACCCGGACAGCUCGCAGGGUCAGGACGAGUGCAAGUCCCAGAUCAAGGACAAGUGCGGCAAGAAGGACCCCAGCAAGGCCGACACCAGCAAGCCCACGUCCAGCGCGGCCUCCAGCUCGGCCACCCAGAGCGCUACUGGCGCUCAGAAUGCCCCCGCUAGCACUUCGAGCUCGAGAGGCAUGGCCGCCCCCACCAACGCCGCCUUCCUCGGCAAUGGCGCUGCCAUGAUUGCCGCUGGUGUCGUUGCUGCUCUGCUCUAA